UGGUGCCAGUCACUCACUCACUCAGUCCCUACUCAUUUCUUCUUUCUCCUUCUAGUUGUUCAUUUUUUCUUCUCUCUGUCUCUAUCCGGAUCUCGAUACUUCCAUUUUCCGCAUAAUUUUUUCUCUGUUUGUGUUUGUUUGUGGAGCUUGUGAAUCAGUGGAUUGUGUUGUGAAAGCGGUGCGAUUGUGAAGUGGAAAAUGGACGGAGUUCAUGAGGCUCCAGUGGCGGGGAACUCGUCGUCGCCGCCUUUCCUGAACAAGACGUAUGAUAUGGUGGAUGAUCCAUCGACGGAUUCUGUGGUGUCAUGGAGUAAGAGUAACAAUAGCUUUGUUGUUUUGAAUGUGCCGGAGUUUGCUAGAGAUAUUUUGCCCAAGUAUUUCAAGCACAAUAACUUCUCCAGCUUUGUCAGACAGUUGAAUACUUACGGUUUCAGGAAGGUUGAUCCAGACCGCUGGGAAUUUGCAAACGAGGGAUUUCUUAGAGGCUACAAACACCUAUUGAAGAAUAUAAGCAGGCGAAAACCCCCUCAGGUGCAGGGCCAUCAACAAACCACCUCCAAAGUACCAAAUGCAUCUGUUGCAUCCUGUGUGGAAGUUGGGAAGUUUGGAAUAGAGGAAGAGGUGGAAAGGCUUAAAAGAGAUAAGGAUAUCCUUAUGCAGGAGCUGGUUAAGUUGAGACAGCAGCAGCAGGAGACGGAUCACCAAUUGGUGACUGUUGGGCAGCGCGUUCAAUUAAUGGAGAACAGGCAACAACAAAUGAUGUCGUUCCUUGCCAAGGCCAUGCAGAGCCCUGGCUUUGUAGCCCAACUAGUACAUCAACAGAAUGGCAAUAACAGGCAUAUUGCUGGGCUUAAUAAGAAAAGGAGACUUCCUGAACAGUCUGAAGAAAAUGUUGCGUGCAAGCCUGUCAAUGCUUUGCAAGAUGGACAAGUAGUCAGGUAUCAACCUUCAAUGACCGAGGCUGCAAAAGUGUUACUGCAGCAGAUUCUGAAAAUAAAUGCAUCUGGGAGGCUGGACAACCGAUUAAACACAAAUGACUGUUUGACUAAUAAUCCCCUCCCGCCUCAAAAUUCUCUAGACAGUAGCGGUGCAUCCAGUUGUAUUUCCAGUGUUACCCUCUCAGAAAUAAUGUCAACUUCUUCACAGCCUAAUCUAAUGUCAGAUUCAGGAUUUCCAUUCAACUCUUGUUCAUCCAUCAUAUCUGAGACCCAAUCAUCCACUACUGUGGUUCCUGGGGAGGCCAACAUUCCCGUAUUACCUGAAGCUGAUGCAUUGAACUCUCAGGCAGUCCAUGAUUUGCCUGAAUUUUCUCAUAUUCUUGGAGUAACUAAUCUUGAACUUAAUAUGUCUGAGACUGGAAAUGUGCCAGAUAUUGACACAGCGCAAGGUAUUUUGGAUGGUUUAACAACAAUUGUCUCUGAUGAAUUUUCAGCAAACACAGAUGGUGAUGUUUUGCUGGAUGACAUGCCUAAGCUUCCAGCGAUUAAUGAUAUUUUCUGGGACCAGAUUCUCUCUGCAACCCCUGCAAGCCCUCUCACUGGGGAUACGGAUGAGAUUGGUUCCCUAGUCGUGGAAGAGGAUUUCCUAGGAGUUCAGGAGAAUGAUUGGGAUAAACUAAAGCAUAUGCAUCAUCUUACUGAACAGAUGGGGCUACUUUCAUCAGUUGCCCAGAUUUGAUGAUUUCAUGUGUUUUUUAAACGCUUGCAAUGAUGC